GCGUCGAGUGCAUCGUGGUCUUACCCGAGCCGAGGAGUCACUGGGAUCCCGUCUUCGGCACCUGCGUCUUCCUCUUCUCUUUCCUCAUCCCCGUGGCCAUCAUCAGCAUCUGCUACAGCCUGAUGGUCAAGCGCCUUCGCAACGUCCGCAUCCUGUCCGGCUCCAAGGAGAAAGACCGCAACCUCCGCCGCAUCACCCGGAUGGUCCUCGUGGUGGUGGCGGCGUUCGUCGUGUGCUGGACCCCGAUCCAGAUCAUGGUCCUGGCUCAGUCGCUGGGCUUCAACCUGAGCAGCUUGUUCACGCUGGUCCUCAUGCACUUCUGCAUCGCGCUGAGCUACGUCAACAGCAGCCUGAACCCGGUCCUCUACGCCUUCCUGGACGAGAACUUCAAACGCUGCUUCCGCGAGUUCUGCCACCCGUCGCCGUUCCGCCUCGACACCCAGCAGUCGGGUCGGAUGAGGAGCAUCGCCAGGGAGGUGGCGGCGGCUUACAGCUGCAAAGGCGGAGACGGAGGUGGGCACGGUGGAGGGACGCCCAAUCCAGCAUGA